AUGAUAGAAGAUAAUGAAGUUCCAUCCAAAAGCAGUGAGGAAAGGCUCAUUGCCAAAUUCUUGGAUGAGCGAAUGAAGGCGCCAAAGUCUGGAAAGAGUGACUUCCUGACCUCAACUGGGCAGGUGACAUACUGGAUAGGCCUCUUCUAGGGCCAAGGAGGUGCUCCCAGGUGGACUGAUGGUUAAGCCCCCACCUACACAUGGAACUGGGAUUCCAAUGAACUGCAUGGUAAUGGAACUGUCCCUGCCUGCAUGAUGAUGCUCCAUCAUGGGCACUGGGGUGACUUUUCCUGCAAAUCAGAGUCCCUUGCUUUCAUCUGUGAGAAGUGGCAGAGUUGCUGA